AUGGAUUAAUCUUUGACCCUAACCCGCGACUUUAACAAUCUCUAAUAUUAAAAUGGCUACGGUAACCACCACUGUACUGAAGCUUUAGAAAACGCUCUUCCGAAAGGUUAAAACUCUCCCUAAACCUGUCCUUAUAAUCUCAUCGCUGAAUAGUUUAGUGGCACAGCCUUUACCGUUCCUCGUGCCCAAAACUAACGUUCAUGGCUCUAUCGUAUAAAGCCUUCAGUAGUCCAUACACCUUUUAAGCCUUCUUCUUCUUAAAACUAUCUUUUUAUAAAAAAUAAUUUUUUAAAUGACGAAUAAAUGUAUACAACCCCAAAUUAACUAAGAUGGAAACCUCUCCCUUAUAAUACAUAAAACCCUAAAAACUGGCUCGAGUCUUUAAUUACAGUCGCAGGAGCAGGUGAUCCAUAAUUAAAAUAAGGAAUAGCUAUAUAUUUAUAUGCCGCAAAUAAAAAUAUGAAUAAUGAAACUUUUUAUAAUUCUGAUGGUGAUUUCCUUAUUGUCCCUUAAGAAGGAACACUUUACAUAACUACAGAAAUGGGAAAAAUGGUAGUAAAAUAAAGAGAAAUAUGUAUACUUCCUAGAGGAAUAAAAUUCUCUAUAGAUAUCACAUAGCCUUCAAGAGGUUAUGUGUGUGAAGUAUUUAAAGGACAUUUUAAAAUACCAGAUUUAGGUCCUAUAGGUGCAAACGGAUUAGCAAAUCCUAGAGAUUUUGAAUGUCCAAUAGCUUUUUAUGAAAAUAUAGAAAAAGAAUAUAAACUUUUUAAUAAAUUUUAAGGAAAAAUUUUUUAAAGUACAUUAAAAAGUUCCCCUUAUGAUGUUGUAGCUUGGCAUGGAAAUUAUUGUCCAUAUAAAUAUAAUUUAGAUAAUUUUAAUACUAUUAAUACUGUAUCUUUCGAUCAUCCGGAUCCUUCUAUUUUUACUGUGCUUACAUGCCCUUCUGAUGAGCCAGGAGUCGCAGUUUGUGAUUUUGUUGUCUUCCCUCCGAGAUGGAUGGUCGCUGAAAAUACUUUCAGACCUCCUUAUUUCCAUAGAAAUAUCAUGAGUGAGUUUAUGGGAAAUAUUUCGGGAUAAUAUGAUGCUAAAGUAGGUGGAUUUGGGCCUGGAUGUAGUUCUUUGCAUAACAUUAUGACUGCUCAUGGACCAGAAACUGAGGUCUUUCAUAAAAUGAGCAAUUGUGAACUUAAACCUGUUAAAAUACCAUAUGAAAAUUUAGCUUUUAUGUUUGAAACAUGCUAUUUUAUUAAUACUACAAACUUUGCGAUGGAUGAUUAGGUUUAGGUUGAUUAAGAUUAUUUCUAAUGUUGGUAAAAAUUAAAUGAUCUGAAAUUAGGAAAUAAAUGAUAUAUUUUGAUAUUAAUUAAUUAAACAAUUUGAUGUUAUUUUAUUUUUUCAAAUACUAAAUAAGUUUUUUAUU